AUGGAAAGUCGAAAUUUAACUCAAUUCUAACAUUAUUCUCAUAAUGGCACUAAUCGAUAUUCUAUAUAGAGAAUUGUUUACCCACAAUAUGCAAGUGGUUUGGUUUAAGAAGAGACUGUAUCUUAACACAAAGAUUCAAUUGAUGAAGAUUAAUUUAUUGAAGGUGAGUGUUUUGUAUACAUCGGAGGCUAACAAAUAUUUACUAUUGAACUUAAGUAGCCAGAUUUUGUUCAUUAAUAAUUAUGCAUUGAUUUGACAAAAUAUUAAUGUCCAUUAGAAUGUUUAACUGCAUUCCCUUUACCAAAUGAGUUCUAAAAUACUUAAAGGAUAUUACCUUUGAGCACUGGAAUUUUAGUGGUUAGCAGUGGAAAGAAUGGGUAACAGAUCAAAUUAUUUGAUGAUCAAUCCAAGGAGAUAAACAUCAAUAUAUAAAUCACAAAGAGAAUAAUCUGGAUGAAUUCAAGAUACUUAUUGGAAGUUAUAAUCUUAAUCGUAGGAUUCAAUGACUUAAGUGUUGGACUCUUUGAGAUUGAUAUCAAAAAUAAAUAAAUUAGAUUAUUGCAAGAAUUCACUUUUGAACAACUCAUUAUAUUCAAUGACAUUUCAACUCAGAAUUAAAAAUAUUUCAUAGCAUUGACAUCUUACAACGGAAUUAUUUCAAUCUUAUCAAUUGAUCUCUUUUUUAACAUUCAGCAUCAUGUUCACAACAUUAAUAGAAUAACUUCACCUCCUAAAUUAUAUUUUUAACACAAUAAGGCCAACUUGAUGGUUCCAAUAUAGAAUGGAGAAAUGUUAUAGUAUUUUGAAAUAGAAGAUAAUGGAUUAAAGAAAUGGAAUGUCAUUAAGUAUCAAAAUAAUAACAAAUCAAUGAUUACAGCAUUUGAUAUAGAACCAAAAAAAUGUGAUAUAUCAUAGAAUUAAAGUGAAGAAUUUGAAAUUUGUAUGAUGCAUUUUGAUGGAACCCUUAGUUUUUAUGAUUAUGCUGAUAACAGUAUUUAUAUAGAAAUAUCAAAACAAUUGAAUGGCUCCAGAUUUUUUAUGUCUAACAUGCAGCUUUCUUUCAAACAAUUCAUAUUAAUUGGAUCUGAUGAUGAAGUUGAAAUAUAUCAAAUGUCCUUUUAUCACAUAAAUUGA